UCCAUUCAGACUUAUGUCUAGUUACUCAUAUAUAUAAUGCAAUACAAUUUCUUCAUAAAUAUACAUGGUUUAGUGAUAUACUUCACUGAAUUACUUUUAAGUAUGAGAGUACAAUUUCUUUAUAAAUAUACAUGGUUCAGUGUUAUAUAUACUUCACUGAUUUACGUUUAAGUAUAGGAAAGAUGAUAAAAAGACAUUCGAUCGACUGGCCGGUGAGCUUAACGUUGCUGUCAAUAUAUAAAGGUUUCUAUACGAAAAUACAUUGGUUGUAACUAGCUAAUCACAUUUUGUUUAAAUGUAGUGUUUAGAGUAAAUGAUUCGAAUUAGUGCUGUUUUAUAUAAUAGAGAAGUACGCUCAACUGGACCAGCUUUGGGUGUGUUUAUAGAUCUGAUAGGAGCUCAAAAUGUUCUUUAACUUGAAAAAGAAAAGAAACAAGGAAACCCCACAAAAGCCUUCCCAUAUGCCAAAAAUGCAUCAUUGCCUAAACCCACAAGCAUUCACCAUCAACACUAAUUACACUCUUUUGCUUUCUUUCUUCUUAUUACCAUCUCUCUCCAUUCUCUUUCAAGUCUCAUUAUUGUCUUUUAAAUCUUAAUUAGAAGCUGUUUUUUUUUUGUCUAGUUUGUCUCAAUUCUCGGUUGGAGACGGAUCAUUGAGUUGGACCACCUGGCGACGUUAACAAGAGAGAAGUGUUCGGCUUUGGUCCGGUCUUGUUACGUACCAUCGAGGACUACUUGUUCUUCUGACGACAUUAUUACUAAACAGAACACGAAAGUGGAAGAUGGUCUCGGCUUCCGAGGAGGAGGAGGAGGAAGACGGUGGCAGAAUAAUCAGCCGUCAAAGAGACACGGAGGAGGAAGAAGCUGCACCGCCGUAUCCAGCGAGCCUUGCAAUCAUCUCAAAAGCAACCUCAAGGUCAAGACGGAGGUUGAUAAAGGGUUGGAACAGAGGAAAGUAAGCUGGCCUGAUGCUCAUGGCAAAGAUAUUGCUCAUGUUCAGGAGUUUGAGCUUAGCGCCUCUGAAGACGGAGAGCAUGCAGGAAAGUCUAAAAGAAAAUAUUGUGGUGUCUGUAUAAUCCAAUGACAAUAAUAUUAUUACCCUUUUGAGUUUUGUUGCCUUUUGGUUGUUUUUCUUACCACUGUGUCUGAAACGAGUUGAAGUAAGUAGUGAAACAAUGUUGAAUCUCCCAUCAA